AUGUCACAAAUCUACGAUACAGUCGUUGUCGGCGCUGGCAUGGCUGGCCUUGUCGCCGCCCGCGACCUCUCGACCCGUGGCCGUUCGGUCCUCCUCGUCGAGGGGAGAGAUCGCAUCGGCGGCCGCACCUUUACCGACACAGCCUUAGGAGGGCAACUUGACCUGGGAGGAGGUUACGUGCACUGGACGCAGCCCAAUGUCUGGACGGAGAUGGAGCGGCACGGACUGGAGCAAAUCAACCCGCCGCUCGAGUCAAAGACGGUUUACCAACUCGCCGACGGUAAGGUCCAUACCACGGAACAGGUGCGGACGUUUGAUUUAGUCGGUAAGCUGUUUGCCGACGCCAGAGAGAGAUUUCCGUUGCCUAUUAACGUACGCGCGGUGGAAAACGGCGAUAUCAACGAUCAGACCUUAGAGCAGCGAAUUGACUCGCUGCAGCUGUCAAAGCACGACAGCGACCUCGUCAGAGGCGCGUUGGGUGGGCUUGUCCACAACUAUGCUAUGCACGGGUCAACGCAGCUGCUUUUCGCGGUGGCGAGCAACUUUGGGAGCUAUGCGGCUGAGCUAGAGACGGCAAGCUCGUGGUGUAUCACCGGUGGGGUGAAGAAGCUCAGCGAUGCUAUCCAAGCCGAGUCAAAUGCCGAGCUGCAGCUGUCUACAGCGAUUACCAAAGUCACCGACAGUGGCUCGGGUGUUACACUUUUGACGUCUAAUUGCACCGAGAUCCAGGCCAAGACGGCUAUUUUGGCUGUGCCGAUCAACACCAUGCGGCGUAUUACAAUCACCCCGUCCCUGCCGCCAUCAGUCAGUAAGAUGCUGGCCGACGGCAAUCCGGUGCGUGGGAGCAAACUCUGGGUGAUUGUGCGCGGACACGUGGAGCCUUUCUCUGCGUUGGCGCCUGCGGGACAGCACCCUCUCAACGCGGUGCGUGUGGAGAAAUACUGGGGGGACAAUACAAUGAUUCUAUGCAUGAUUUCAGACUCAGACUCCAUCAAGCACGAUGACCACGACGCCGUGCAGAAGGCGCUGCGGCUGUUUGUGCCGGACCUCGAGGUCGUUGACACUGCAUGGUACGACUGGAAUGAGGAUGAAUUUUCGCAGGGCGGGUGGAUGAUGCACCGCCCGCGGCACUUUUUAGAGGGCGCGGUCAAGAUUCGCGAGGGACAUGGGCGGAUUUCCUUUGCUGGAGCGGACAUUGCGGCCAUGGCGCCUUGUACCAUUGACGGCGCGAUGAACUCGGGCGCGGCAGCGGCUGUGCAGGUGGAACAGUUCCUCAAUGGGCCUCGACAUGAUCUGGAUCCGAAUCCGCAGGUCAAAACCUGGAGUCGGACCAUCCGGGCCCCAAGUUCUAACUUGUAGAACUGGAACCGGACCAACCACCCUGUGGUUUUUUCUGUCCGUUGUGCUACCGCCUUGUCCGCUUGUUUUGUCGUGUUCUGCUUACUUCUCCU